AUGGUGUCUAAACUAAAUAGAAAAGUAGAAGGAGAUACGCUACGGUGGUUUUCUCUAGGAAUUUGGGGAUUUUCGAUAGUAUAUAAUAUUGCAAUAUUGUUAGUAACAAAAAACCAGAGGCAAUUGGGUGUGACGGUGACAUGGUUAUAUUGCAAGUGCGCAGAUUUAAAUGAAAAAUGGUAUGUCGAUUAUGUUUACCUGGCAAUAAUUUCUGUGGCAACUCUGAUAAAUCUUAUCUUCGGUGUUCACUCGACUUACAUCCUCUAUGUUCGUUGGAGUAAUUUCAAGAAUCAACCAAAUCGUCACACUGCUAUCAAUCUAGGUCAUGCCGUUCGCGUAGCCAUCUACAUAAAUACUCUACUCGCAUUGUUGCUAACGUAUUUCCUGUCGGAUCUUCUUACUCCCAAGAACAUAUCACAGACAGGAGCUGAUGAUACAAUUUACGUCGGAGAUUUUGCAUCGGCAUUAAGCGGUACACUCCUGUUCCUGAUAUUUGGAACCACACGCUCGGCCACAAUGUUUCUCCCUUGCUGUUACUAUUCUCAAUCACACCUUUACCUUCCUAACCAUGAGAAUGGAAUAGAUUCGAAUACUAUGAAAUCCAAUGUGCACAUGAAGGUUGAUAUCUGUAAGGAAUGUAAAGAAGAAAUCGCAGAGAGGGAUUUAUUCAAAGUGAAAGAAGACAGUGUUGAAUCAAGUACCAUGACGCAUAAUCGUGUGGACAGAGAUUGGUUAAUGAGUAAGAGUAAGAAAAUUAAUAGUGUUAUGAGCGUAACAAAUACGGAUUCCGUGAGCAAUACAAAAUCGAUAGGCAAGAAUAUUAUAACCAUCGAGAGGGAAGACGUAAAUAAAAACGAUAAGGAUUGA